ACAAUGAUUAUUGAACGUUGCCAAUAUUGAUAUUUUUCAAAUUUCUGGAAUACAUCAUAUAAGCUUUGAAGAGAAAAACCGAAUGAUUUGGGAAAAUAAAAGUCAUACUUCAUUCCAAAUGUACAAUGUAUUCAGUUUAUAAAAAUAAACUAUGAGGGAUGAUUUCCAUGAAAGUUCUUAAUUAUUAUGUUCGAAUGUGGGAAUUUUUCUUCAAAGCUACCACCAACCCUUCUAGACAUAGCAACCCUGCACUAUCAAAUUAACCCAGCUUUAAGUGUCAAGUUGCCAAAAGGUCAUGUUUUGUAUCAACAAUCUUGAAGGAAAUGAUACGAAAAUAAUGACAUGAAUUGAAAAUUUUAAUAAAUACAUUAGCAUGUCACUUGAUGUAACCCAAGAUAUUUUUGAAAUACAACCCCUUCUUCAAAAUAUAAAAAUAAAACUGUGUGCAAGAUGUGAAAAUGGGGUGAAACAAAUAUUAGCCCUGGUGACAAGGUAUGAUAAUGAUGUAGUCUUACAUUAUACAUAUGGGGAAAUGACCCCUAUCCUGAAAAGAGUUCCUUGGUUUACAGAUGGCCACAAAGAAAUUGAAGCAAUCUGUUUUGACCCCUCGGCUUCUUGGCUGCUCGUAGUUUCUUUAGACUGUUCACUAUACAUCAUUCCAGCUUUGAGUUUAGUUGAUAGAAAGCAAAAAAUUGACUGCAAAUGGGCUUUGAAUGAUAUAACACACUUUCCUAGACACGUGCAAAUGCCAGAAUCUAAGCCAACUAGUGUGGUUUGGUGGCAAACUUUGGACUGUAAUCAGAACGCCCUUGUUGGAUUUGAAAAUGGAGCCAUUGUUUUGGUUAGCCUGACCGAUGGUAGAUGUUUGGGUAGUUGUACUAUUUCUGAAGCUGUCAAGUAUCUUAGUAUGUGCCAAGAUAAUAGUUUGGAUACAGUUUCUUUAUUGAUAAAUGCUGUUAGCGGUCAACAGUGGAGAUUAGUUUUAGAGCAUCACUCAACUGGAUACCUCUGGCCUCCGGAAACAAAUACUCAGGCGGACGAUUCUAAUCGUUCCCGACUAUAUAACCUAAAGCUACUCGGCAUCGAUAAACUCGCAUCCUUGAAACAGAGAAUAUCUGAAGCGAGAGGAGGUCGCAGAGAUAGUCAAACGAGUGACACUGCGAGCGAAUCUUCUCAUUCAGAGCCGACCCAUUUUGGACCCGAACUCCUACCCCAUUUAUGUGAUACGUACUUUGCGCCCCAGUACGCUAGGAAUAGAUAUUUGUUUUCAGCUUUUUACAAGCCAACUUGUUUACUUACGGUACAUGCUGCAGAUGUGGAAUCCGCUCCUUUAUAUGUUCACAAGUUACCACAAAAAACUUCAACAGUAUUAUUGACGGACAAAUUGAUUUACACCGUCAAUGAAGACUCCAACAUUGUUUCAAUAUUGAGUUCGCAGCUGUGCGAAUGCAGGCUCGAAGGAGAUUCUGAAUUUAAUGGUGACUGCGUCAUGGCACAAUUCGAAGUUGAAGACGGGAAAAUCCUGCAAUUAUUUAAAUUAGUUGAUUUGUCUUCGGUUAGGUUAAGAAAAAGUAGAGACGAUAAUAAGAAAGAUAAAUUAUUUGAGUUACCAAAGACUGUAGAUGAUCUGAAUUUACAAAAACCCAGGAUCGAUACCUGUGUUAUUGUAACCAACAAUUGUGUAUACAAAAUUAUUAUCAAGUGUUCUCCAGUAAGGAAAUUCGUGCAAUACGUAACAGAUGAACACAAUUUAGGAAAAGCAGAGAAGCUCUCGAUCGUAUUCGGACUGAACAUUCAGCAACUGCUGGAAAGUUGCGGAGACCUUCUCAUAUCCAGAGGAUCCUACCACUCUGGAAUAAUACUGUACAAACAAGCUAAAGUGCACUUACUGAAAAGGGUAUUGAAAUUGGCUGUGUCGGCAGACUGUAGGACUCUGCUGAAAUUUAUUCACUUGUGUUUGAGCGCCAGCAAAGUGGACAUGUCUAUAGCUACAAAAAUUCAUAUAGGCAAUCUAGCCGUGAUGGCUUAUACGGAGUUGGUGUUGAGGUUCGGAGGGAUUCAACGGAUAUCAAACACCAAGGAGUUCAUGAACUUCCUCUGCUACGAAGAACACUACGACCAAAUCCUAGCCGUGAACGUUGCCUGUCAAGCCGGCCAGUGGAACAUCGUAACCCUCCUGGCCAAAUCCAGAGGCCUACAAGCGGAAGUGGUAGCCGCUCUGGGCCAAAUCCUGCAAAGCGCCAGAGCGCCCAGACCCACCGAGCAAGACUUCCUUUGCGCCCUUUCCGAACCUUCGCUUACACAGAACUUGUUGAUCUUCGGCCAGUUUUCUCAUUUCAUAUUCCAGUACGUUCGAACGAAUGUCCAAGCUUUUCCUGUGGACGUGCUGCGACGUUUGGCAGCGCAGUUGGAUCCUAGUCAGCCUUGCGCGAUUCCUCUGGUCUGCAGAUUGUUUCAGACGACUAAGUUUUCUUCCAGUUUGGAUACGACAAUUGAGUCGGUGGAUUUUGAGAAUUCUGACAGAAGCGUUGUGACCGUGAAAGAUCUCAUCGAAACAUUCCUAACUGUCCUUAUACAGCUGGCUUUCAAGACCGAGAAUAAUUGUUUCAGUCUCGGCUUGCUCGAUAACAUAAAAGUAGUUGAACCCUCACCAUCCUAUCCCAGAGUGAAGAAACUGCCAGACUUGCAUCCCCUUAGCUGCGGCUAUGAACAUGGCGCGGUGGUACGUAAUAACGAAGUGUAUACCAUGGGAGUGUCCAGUUCGGGAUGUCUAGGCUUGGGCCCGUUACUGACGCAAAGCAGCCCUCCACGUUUGGUUCAAACACUCUCCGAAAUGAAGGUUAAAGUCCUGAGCGUCAGUUGCGGAAGAAAACAUACCUUGGCCCUCACAGAUUAUGGGGUAUAUUCGUGGGGCUCCAACACAUACGGCCAGCUAGGUCUGGGCAGCUGCGUCCAGGAGAGCCCCUAUCCCCAAAUUCUCUCGUCCAUCCCGCACCUGAAGAUCAUCGACCUGUCCGCUGGUCAGUACCACAGCGUAGCGCUGACAUCCAGCGGCAAGGUUUAUACCUGGGGAUGGGGCAUCCACGGCCAACUUGGACAUGGUAAUUGUGAUAACGAGUUCUUCCCGAAGCUCCUGCAGUUUGAUCAUCCUGUGAAACAGGUUGCUGCGGGGCAUGCUCACACUCUGAUUCUUACGUGUGACGGAAGGAUUUUCGGGUUCGGCUCGAAUAUUUUCGGGCAGCUGGAGAGUUUACAAGUGAAGACUAAUAAGGCUACUAGACCAGUUUGGGUUCUGGUUCAACCGGAUGUUUUUAAACCGAUUGAUAAGGUUGCUACAUCAUAUUUCCAUAAUAUUGCAAUUCGCAGCGACCAGGAAGUAUAUGCUUGGGGUGUGAACCCGCAAGAGGUCCGAAUACUGCAGUCGAAGAACAACCAGAAGCACAACGGGCUCUCGCGUAGGCCAUCCGACUUUUAUAAGACUAGCGUACAUGUGUACUCAUCGGUUAACGAUAAACCUAUUGAACAGGUAGCGAUCGGCUACAGGCACUCCGUGAUUUUGCAUGAAGGUAGGAUUUUAUGGGGCAGAAGCAAGGACGACGAACUCUACGGCCCGAAAUUGAAGCCAAAGGACAACAUGAACAGUUCAUUCUCGCAGAAAUUUCUCCACAUCUCGUGCGGGUUGGAGUAUACCAUGGCAAUCGACCAUUCUGGAAAGGUGUUGGCUUGGGGUAGUCCGACAAUGGCACAGACGAUUUUGGGACGGCCGCUGGACGAAGACAACCGUAGAAACGAUGAAAAAAUGGUCCUCCUGAAAAACUCAAGGAGGGUCAUGAAAUUCCCGAACACCAUUCAAGCCGGCAACAUCGACAACUACCCCAUAGAAGUCCCAGGCCUACCGACAAUGGCCAUAACCUUCAAUCCGAGCGACCAGAAAUUGCUGUUCUCGAAGAAUUUCAUUCCCUAUUCGAUCCGUUCGAUAGAAAAUCCGGAGGCAAGUUUCGAACCGCACCCUAGCGUGUCCUUUGAGCAUAUUUAUGAUGUCCCCGACUUGAAGCUAGGAAACAAGACUUUGCACUAUGUGCUGGAGACUUACCACGGGUUUUACGAUACUGAGAACAUACUAGCGAAGUGUCUGGAGGUGAAUAACUAUCAGGGAGCUGCGAAAAUAGCGAUACUGGACGGCCAUUUCGGCGAUAGCCUCGGUUUCCAACUCGCAGCCUUCAAGAAGCACAUGGACACGCUAGAUCUCAGCAAACAGAGCUUCUACACCACGAAACCGACCAAAGAAAAAGAUCAAGGUUACGUAGAGCUCAUCGUCAGGAACAUCCAAGAUGACUUGAACGAUCUCAACCAAGCUGACAAGUUAUCCAACAGUUCUGCGAACAUUCUGAGCUCCAGCUCUUCCCUGGACAGCAUCCGGCAGUGGGGCGACGAAGUGGAGCACCAGGGCGGUCUCGAGAGCCCCUGCGAAGUCUCUGAAGUAGGAGACAUCCGACAGAACAUCUCGCAUUACGUGCAGUCGCUGAAACAAAACGAAGGCUCUCCUCCGAUAUCUAGCGUAUCGAAGAUGGUGUCCGAGAUCGACAACGCGCAGAUUAAGAUGAAGGCCGCUCAGUUGGAGCCUGAGGUCCGAGACAAGACCGUCAAGGAGAUCAUAGACGCCGCCUCUCAUAUCGUCGAGUUCUACACGGGGAAAGUUCAUGCGUCAGAGAACCAUAUCCUGAUGCAAAACGUCCUGAUGAAGUGUAUCGAGUUCUGGCUGACAAACGGUCUGCCUGUCGUUGUUCUGGAGAGCAUUCUGCUGAAGAAUAUGGAUAAGUACUUCUAUCCGUUGUCUAUUUUGCUGUUUUGCAAGAAUUUUGAUGAGGAGCGAAUCGGUGAUGCGAAAACCAGCUCGUUCGGUUUCCUCAAAGAGUUUUCUACCAAGUUUUGCCUUCAGUUAUGCUCGAUGGUGUUGGAGAACGUCGAUAAGUCAUAACAUAGCUUGGGGUGCGCUACGCGGGUUGUCGUUUCUUGAGGGUCCGAGUUAUAGAAGAGAGUGCAUUUUGUUGGUCUCUGCCACUCUUGUUGUUGAUCGUAGGUUUAAUUGGUUUUAAAUAUUUUUCUGUCCAAACAUUCCAUUGACUGGUAAUUUGUUCUGGUUUUUGAAUGGUAAGUGCUUUUAAGAAAAAAGUUUUAUUAGGAAUCUUUUUUUAUCUGAUGAUGAAGAAAACAUUUUACUUGACUGAAAUUAAUAAACUUUUGGAUUUACACUCUUGAUGUCUGAUACACGAGGUUUGUCAAAGUUGUUUUGUACUCGAUUGGCAUAGCUCGGACUCAUUGCUUUUUUAGGUUUUUCAAUUUCUAGUCAUCUGUGCAAUAAGUCUAAAUAGUUUCUAGAAUCAUUUAUUUAGACAUCUUCUUCAGAGCUCCAAGCUGGAAUAGAAUGUAGUCAUCUCAUAGUUUUGUCUUCUCUUUUUUACUAUAGCAACAGAGGCACAUGGAAAAUGAAAGAACUAAUAAUGUUCACUGAUAAUAAUCCUUUCUCAAGUGUGUUUCAAUUAUUUUUAUUUAUAUUUUAUUCAAUGGACUAAAACUUUGUCCAGAAAUUUUGUGGUGAUCAGAUCGAUAAGUCCCUCCAUUUCAUUUUGCAUGAAUAUAUUUCACA